AUGCAGUCCGUGCAGAGGCAGUUCGGCAAGCUCAUGAGCAAGAGCCCUGGCGACAAUGCCAAAAUUGCAGCCGUCUUACAUGACUACGAGGAUGCAGACAGACUGCUGGGCAAGAUCAUCGAGAACACAAAGACUCUCCGUGAUGCCUGGGUAGCCAUGGCCACCAGCCAGUGGGCCAUUGUGAAGGAAUACGAGGGCUUGUACGACCCCAUUAUUGGAGCUUCUGAGGGUCACACCCGCCCUGGCAUCGCGACCCCUCAACUGCAGCUUGAUCGCACCUUCAAGCUCAGCGGAGCCUACUCUGACCUUAAGGACGAGCUCAUUGGGGAAGUGACAGCCAUUGACUCGCAGGUCAUCCGUCCAGCCACCGAAGCCCGCGAAUUCAUUCAGCCACUACGCAAAACCAUCAAGAAACGCGAGAACAAACGACUGGACUACGAAAAAUCGCAGGAUAAGGUUAAAAAGCUUCAGAAGAAGACCGGGAGGACGCCCAAAGAAGAGGCCCAGCUGUCAAAGGUCGAAUUUGAAAUGUCAUGCGCCUCCGAGGAGUUCGAGGUCGCAGACGCCCACCUUCGAGAUGCCUUGCCCCCAUCAUUGAAGCCAUAUUUACCCUAA